AAAAUUUAUCGGAAGCUGCUGCCCUGACAUAAUCGGCUUUCAAGAAAAAGGUUCCAGCACAUUUCACAUCUGUCGCUUACAGAGAUGCAUACAUGAGAAGUAUGGCGCCAACUCCUACAAAUCGAGGAGGAAAGCCAACCCGUCCACGCAAAACCUUCAAUGCGCCAAAACGAAAGCGCGACGAUGUCGACGCAGAAAAAUUACAAGAAGCUGUCGCACAGCUCGAUGCGUCCCAAAAGGUCGCCUCAUUCACCGAUCUCCCACUGUCUGAACCGACCAAAGCCGGCCUCAAAGCUGCUCACUUCAGCGCGCUCACCGACAUUCAAUCAAGGGCAAUUCCCCUCGCAUUGAAAGGCUCCGACAUUCUUGGUGCGGCGAAGACUGGUAGUGGCAAGACAUUGGCGUUCGUGAUACCUGUUCUGGAGAAUCUGUAUCGCGCGCAAUGUGUGGGUGCUGAUGCUGGGCUCGGCGCGCUCAUCAUCACUCCAACCCGCGAGCUGGCAAUUCAGAUUUUCGAGGUCUUGCGUAAGGUCGGAGGCAAAGGUCAUCUCUUCGCAGCAGGGCUGGUGAUUGGUGGAAAGAGCUUGAAGGAGGAGCAGGAUGCCUUGGCGAGGAUGAACAUUGUAGUAUGUACACCCGGACGGAUAUUACAGCACCUCUCGCAGACGGCCGCAUUCAAUGUGGACUCUUUGCAGAUGUUGGUCCUGGACGAGGCGGAUCGGAUCCUGGAUAUGGGGUUUCAAAGGGAUGUUGAUGCGAUUGUGGAUUAUCUCCCGAAAGAUCGACAGACAAUGCUCUUCAGUGCCACGCAGACCAAGCGAGUGUCGGAUCUGGCCAGAUUAUCACUGAACAAGCCUGAAUACGUCUCUGUGCAUGAAACCGCAUCUUCAGCCACUCCCCAGACUUUGAAACAGAAUUACAUCCUCACACCUCUGCAGGAUAAGCUCGAUACCCUUUGGUCGUUUUUGCAGAACAAAGAGACGAAGAAGUCGAAAGUUCUGGUUUUCUUAUCUUCGGGAAAGCAAGUUCGAUUCGUAUACGAGUCGUUCCGACACAUGCAGCCCGGAAUCCCUCUAUUGCACCUCACAGGAAGGCAGAAGCAGACUGCUCGUCUGGAGAUCACGCAGAAAUUUUCCUCUGCGAAACAUAGCUGUUUAUUUGCUACGGACGUUGUGGCUCGCGGGCUAGAUUUCCCUGCUGUCGAUUGGGUGGUACAAUUUGACUGCCCGGAAGAUGCUGAUACAUACAUUCAUCGCGUGGGACGGACGGCGAGAUACGAGCGAGAAGGACGAGCGAUAUUGUUUCUCGAGCCGAGCGAAGAGGAGGGUAUGCUCACUCGACUGGAACAGAAGAGGGUGCCCAUCGAAAAGAUCAAUGUCCGUCCUGGCAAACAGAAGAGUAUCAAAAAUCAGUUGCAGGGAAUGUGCUUCAAGGACCCUCAGCUGAAGUACCUGGGACAAAAGGCGUUUGCGAGUUAUGUCCGCAGCCUGCACCUACAAAAAGACAAAGAAGUCUUUCAUCUCGAGAAAUACCCACUUGAGGAAUUUGCGGCCAGUCUGGGACUACCCGGUGCUCCCCGAAUCAAAUUUUUGAAGGCCGACGCAGAGGAAGCCAAGCGGAAAAAGAACGCUUCACGGCAAGCUACCAUGGUAGAAUCCGAUGAUCAGGCAAGCGAGGGAGAAGACGGCGAGGAUGCAAAGACCCGCAGCAAGACCAACGGCGUCCGCACGAAAUACGACCGCAUGUUCGAGCGCCAAAACCAAGACAUCCUCUCUGGCCACUACACCAAGAUGAUCCAAGACGAUGACGCCGCCGACAAUUUCGACGGCGAGCAGGUCGCCGACGACGACCUCUUCCACGUCAAACGCCGCAUCCCCGCCGACGAAGGUGACUACGACUCCGAUGCUCUGGAGGCGAGCAUGAGCGGCGGUGCCAAAGCCGUUUACAUCGAGGGCGCCACGGCGCCCAUCAUCCUGGACUCGAAGCGGCGCGAGAAACUGCUCAAAUCGAAAAAGGCCGUGGCGAAACUCAAGGCCAAAGGUACAAAGUUGGUUUUCGACGACGAUGGGAAUGCCCAUCAACUCUACGAGCUCGAAGAUGAGGAUGACUUCAAGGCUCUGGGAGCGGCGGAGGAGCAACGGCAGCAAUUCGUCAAAGAGGAAGCCGAGCGGGUCAAACGUGCAGACUUGGAUGAUAAGGCGCUUGCGAAGGACAAGAAGCGGGCGAAGAAAGAAAAGAGAAGGGAGCGAGAAAGGGCAGAGGCUGAGGGCGAUGAUGUUGAAGAUGAUGGGGAUGGUAGUGAGGGUGUUCAGUUUGGUGGUGGGGACGAGGAUGCUUUGGCGAAUUUCAUUAACGAUGCGAGAGGUUCCAGUGAUGGUGAGAGCGAUGGUGGGGUUGAUCUUCAUGGGGAUGAUGAUGAGGAAGAGGAACAGCCUGCGAAAAAGCAGAAGAAGUGGUUCCAGGAGGAAGGAAGGAGGAAGAAGGAUCUGUCCGGUGGUGAUCGGGAGAUUGAGACGUUGGAUGACCUUGAGGCCGAAGCUGCACGUCUGCUUGGUUGAUAAACCAUGGUUUUGCGAAGAUGUCUCUUCUCGUAUUAUCCUUUCAGUAUCGGAAAUAGUUCAAAUCCUACCCAACAUCAUGUCCCGAUCGAAGAUACUGUAGCUUAUAUGCAAUUGCCGUUCCACAUUCGAUUCU